UAUGUGCUCAGAUGACGCUGUGUCAGAUAACUGCAACACGAAUCUACGCCCCGUCCACAUCUGAUCGAUUUUGAAUACGACAACAAUGUCAAGCUGUUGACAGUUAUUCAAAUAAUUAGACGUUCAUGCAACUUGGCUUUUUAAAUUUCACUAUUCAAAAUUCUGCAGAACGAUCAGGAAGAAUCAAAAUUGUACACGGAAAUUUAAAAAAUGGCUGCCGUGCCCUUGAUUUUGGCUGAGGAAGAUAUUGAACGAGGUGGCAAGGAACAACCUGAACAUGAGAUACAAAAUGACUUUGCAUACAACAACAGUGUCCACAAUGCAACAAUCAGCAUACGAAUGGGCUUCUUGCGAAAAGUAUAUGGUUUAUUAAGUAUACAGCUAUUGAUGACAGUUGCAGUAGGUUCUGUAUUUAUGAUGAGCUCAACUGUGAAAUUAUAUGUACAAGACAAUUUAUGGACUUUGGGCUUGGCAUGUGUCCUGACAAUAGGUGUACUGAUUGGUUUGCUCUUCAAAAGAAAGGAUCAUCCUGCCAAUUUGAUUCUCCUGGUUAUAUUUACUUUGGUGCAGUCAUACACUAUCGGUGUUGUGGUAUCCAUGUAUGACACUUCACUAGUCUUGGAGGCUCUAUUCAUAACACUGACAGUCCUUCUUGCCUUGACAGCUUAUACGUUCCAAACAAAACGAGACUUCUCAUUUAUGGGAUUUGGAUUAUUCAUCGGGCUGUGGUGCCUCUUGAUUGGUGGUUUCAUACAGAUCUUCGCUCACAGUACCGCAUUAGAGUUGGCCCUAAGUAUCGGUGGUGCACUCUUGUUCUGCUUAUUUAUCGUCUUCGACACGCAAAUGAUAAUGCACACUCUCUCGGCUGAAGAAUAUAUCCUGGCGACGAUUAAUAUAUACUUAGAUAUAAUCAACUUAUUCUUGCAUAUAUUGCGAGCUCUCGCGAUUUUGAAGCAAUAAGCAAAGAUAUUAUUACAUAUUAUUGUUUAUAGAUUACACGGAAAUUGUCGCUCGCGCCGUUGAUCUUUUCAUUAUCGUUAUGAUGUAACCUAGUUCUGUGACUAUAAUAAAUUCGUAUUUUUAUUUAGGUACCUCUCUGUGAGAGAUAUUAAAAUGCUUUUGACGCAUUGCAUAAAAUAUAUAAAGAUGUUUUGAUGAAA